CAGACGACCCCAGCCCGUAUAGUCCAGUGAACGCCCUGAUUCGAAAUUUCCAAGGCGCUCAAAUUUGUUCGAGUGGUAAUGAAGAAUCUAGAGAUAGAUAAAGAGACGGGAGCACAUGGCUCGACCGCGGAAUCAGAUCCAGCUACUGGAGAAAGUCGAGUAGAAGACGACGAGAAACUGGAAAAGUCCGAAUCGAACUCCGACAGCAUUAACAACUCGGAAAUCGCCAGCGCCUACUCAUACCGGGAACGGCUCGAUGUCCCCGACCACGCCUCUUCGAGGGCCAUCUCGCGGAUCGUCUCCGAAGUACGCGAUGGGAUCGAAUCACGGCGGGAUCUCGACCUAGAGCCAGCACAACCGGAAGACAAAACGCCCAUCACAGACGACCCGAACAUUGUGAAUUGGAACGGACCGGACGACCCCGAGAAUCCUAGGAACUGGGCCUUUUCCAAGAAAUGGGGCGCCGUCUUCAUCGUGUCCAUUUUUACCUUCGUCUCGCCCGUCUGUUCGUCCAUGGUGGCCCCGGGCCUCAGGACCAUUGGCGCGGAGUUGGAUAUUCCUGAAGCCUUUAUGCAGAACAUCGUCCUAUCGAUCUUCGUCCUAGCCUACGCCCUAGGGCCCCUCGUCUGGGGCCCCCUCUCCGAGCUCUACGGCCGCGUGCCCGUCCUCCAGCUCUCCAACCUAGGGUUCCUAGGCUUCACACUCGGAUGCGGGUUCGCGCGGACCCGGGGCCAGCUAAUCGCCUUCCGGUUCCUGUCGGGGCUCGGCGGCUCCGCGUCCCUCGCCAUCGGCGGCGGCGUGCUGGGCGACCUGUUCGCCGCCGAGCAGCGCGGGCGCGCCAUGUCCAUGUACAGCCUGGCGCCGCUGCUCGGCCCCGCCGUCGGCCCCAUCGCCGGCGCCUUCAUCACGCAAUCCACGACCUGGCGCUGGGCGUUCUGGGCCACGGCCGCCGCCGACGCGGCGAUCCAGAUCGCCGGCCUCGUUUUCCUGCGCGAGACGUACGCCCCUGUGCUGCUGGACCGGAAGAGGAGCGUUAUAGCGCGGGAGAAAGGGGUCUCCGCUUCCACGCUGCGGACCCCGUUUGACGACGCAGGGAAGGGCGGGAGCGGGAGCAAGAGCAAGAGCGUAUGGAGCACGCUCGGCACAGCAAUGACGCGGCCCUUCCGGCUUCUCGCGACGCAGGUCAUCGUGCAGUGCAUAGCGCUGUACAUGAUGUACGUCUACGGACUAAUGUACCUAAUGCUCGCCUCCUUCCCCACACUCUUCACCUCCCCUCCUCCGGCGGGUUACGGAAUGAGCAUCGGCAUCGGCGGCCUAAACUACAUCUCCCUGGGCCUAGGCUUCUUCCUCGGCGCGCAGAUCUGCGCCCCGCUGCAGGACCGCGUGUACGCGCGCCUGAAGCGGCGCUACCACGGCCGCGGCCGGCCCGAGUACCGCGUGCCCAUGAUGGUCCCGGGCGCCGUCAUGAUCCCCGUGGGCCUGCUCGUCUACGGCUGGACCGCCGAGUACAAGACGCACUGGAUCGGGCCCAACGUCGGCGCCGUGAUCUUCGCCGCCGGCGCCAUCAUAUGCUUCCAGUGCCUGCAGGGUUUCCUCGUCGACUCGUACCUGCGGUACGCCGCGAGCGCCGUCGGCGCCGCGACCGUCCUGCGCUCGCUCGCCGGGUUCGGUUUUCCGCUUUUCGCCCCCUCGAUGUACGACCGCCUGGGCUACGGGUGGGGCAACACGCUGAUGGCCCUCUUGGGCGUCGUCAUAGGUUGGCCUGGCCCCUUUUUGUUAUGGAAGUACGGCGAGAGGCUCAGGAAGAGGAGUCCGUUUGCGGCAGGAGGCUAGUCUGGUUGUCUAAGAACGAGCUCUUGCCAAGAGCCAGUGGGGUAAUGAGAGUCGUUAAAGUAACUAAUGUUUACGGAUUUACGUGGAAAUGCAUUACAAGAGGCGUUAUUCAAUUUACGGGACAUAUUUCGGUAUGAUAUUCACCUACUAGAGGUAUUUGGACACACCAACAUCAUCCAUGGGUUCACAUUGCAUUGGUAACA